AUGUUUUCUACCCGACAGGCACUGCGGGGACUAUGCUGUCAUAGUGUUUUGCCUCACAACCUAGUCUCUGGCCAGCGACAUCUGCUCACUCUCGCUAUCGAAUCUUCAUGCGAUGAUACUUCAGUGGCCAUUAUCGAGAAGCAUGGCGUCUCGUCACCGUCGCGUUCAUCCAUCCUUUUUUUGGAAAACAUAACCGCCGAUUCCAGGAAAUAUCAGGGAAUCCACCCCGCCGUGGCACUAGAUUCUCACCAGGCAAACACGGCAAAACUGGUCAAUAAAGCUUUAGCACAUCUCCCUCCAGCUCAAUUUACAAGCGUAAACGAUGUAGGGCGCGUAAUCUGCCUUCCCUCUUCCGCGACUGAUGGAACCACGCCGCACUUACGUAGGAAGCCGGAUUUUAUCUCAGUGACAAGAGGUCCGGGUAUGCGGUCGAAUCUAUCCGUUGGCUUGGAUACGGCAAAGGGACUUUCGGUAGCCUGGCAGGUUCCAAUCGUGGGUGUGCACCACAUGCAAGCCCAUCUUCUCACACCCAGAUUGGCAGCUUCUCUUCAACAGCAACAACAAAGUAGCGAGAACAGCUCCGCAUGCAGGAACAAUCCAAGCUUUCCGUUCAUGUCAAUUCUUGUCUCAGGUGGCCACACCCUGCUUGUGCACUCUAAGUCGAUUGUGGAUCAUGAGAUUCUCGCUUCCACGUCUGACAGCGCGAUUGGAGAUGCUCUCGAUAAAACUGCUAGAAUGCUGCUGCCGCAGUCAUUCUUGGAAAAGUCAACUACUACAAUGUAUGGCAAAAUGCUGGAGGAGUUUGCAUUCCCCAAUGGCCCCAGCGAUUACGCUGACUAUCGACCUCCAGCAACACGAGGGGAGGAGCUCGUUAAGCUGAAGAGUGAACGGUGGGGGUGGUCAUUCAGUAUGCCGUUUGCAGAAAACAGACGGAUGGAGUUUAGCUUUUCCGGUGUUACGACGCGGGCUCGAGAUAUAUACUUGAACAGAAGGGAGCAAUGGGAGGCUGCUGGUAAUAGCGGGGAGGGGUUCAUGUCGAAUGACGAACGAAUCGAAUUUGCCCGUGCCUUCAUGACGGUUUGCUUCGGUCAUUUGGCGUCUCGAACAAUCAUUGCUCUGCAGGAGUUGCGUCAACAGCAGCAGCAGCAGCAGCAGGAAAGAGAAAAUCAAAGUCCACCAGCUGAGGAUAUCCAGUCGCUUAUCAUUAGUGGCGGGGUUGGCGCAAAUCAGUUUUUGAAGAAAUUAUUCCGCUCGUAUCUCGAUAUUCGCGGAUUUCCGCAUGUCGAUGUCAUUGCCCCUCCGCCUUACCUUUGCACCGACAAUGCCGCAAUGAUAGGAUGGGCUGGAAUUGAAAUGUUUGAAGCCGGAUGGCGAUCUGAUCUUCAAUGUCGGCCCCUACGAAAGUGGACACUUGAUGCCCGGGCUGGGGAUGGUGGGAUAUUGGGCCCGGAUGAUUGGCUAAACAUCAGCUCACUUGCAGAGAAACCAUGA